AUGGCUAUUUCUGAGCUGCUGGGCUCAAUGACCUCGAGCCAAGUAUGGAGCUUCGGCGCUCUUCUCCUAGUCGUAACAUUUAUCAUCGACCUCGUCAACGACUUCGCCAGCCAUCCACCGAGCCAUAUCCCUUCCAUGGGCAAAAGUGGAAAGCUCAAUGCAUUUCUUGACAGUUUUCGAGCCAUCACAAAAUACAAUCAAUGGGUCAAAGACGGAUACUCCAAAUUCGGCAAACAUGGUUUUCCAUUUCAAGUACCACAGCCUCUAUCUCGUCACUCAGAAAUCGUCCUGCCUCGCAGCCAAGCCUCCUGGAUGAUCGACCAGCCCGACCACAUCCUCUCAACUUACGACGCCCACAACGCCACCCUCUAUACCAGAUACAACUUCCUCGGCCGCCGCCUGGCUCACGAUCCAUUUCCCAACCGAGUCCUGCAAAAACAUCUAGCUCGACAUCUACCUGCUAUAAUACCCAACGUCGACGAGGAAACUCAGCUUGUGGUGGGUACAAUGUUUGGCGACGACACGGAGAACUGGAAGUCAUUCACACUUUGGAAAUUGUGGAUGGAAAUAGUACCCCGAGUCAUCAACAGACUGCUCGUCGGGCCUGAGCUCUGCCGCAACAAACAGUUUGUCGAUAACAUGACCAACGUUUCAAACGACGUUGUCCGUAACAUGCUCAUCCUUCAAUUACUACCGAAAAUCCUGCAUCCCGUCGUCGGGCGACUCCUCGGCAUCGCCAACUACAUACACUGGCGCUCAGCCGACGCCGUAGCUCAACCUUUGCUUCAGGAACGCCUCAACGCCAUGUUGAAGCAAGCUAACGGACAUGUCGAGUUUCAAGACUAUGUCCCACCCGAAGACUUUGUCACUUGGACCAUCAGACAGGCGCUGGCAGAAAAGAAGACGUUUGAAUUAGACCCCGUCGUCUUAUCCAAGCGACUGCUACCCGUUGAAUUCGCCGCAAUCCACACAACCGUCCUCACCGGCCAACUGUGGAUGCAAGACUUGCUCUCUUCCGAACCCGAAAGCGGUAUCCUCGACAUCCUCCGUGCCGAAAUCAUCGCCAACAAGCCCAAAUCAGGACCCUGGACCAAAGCCGCUCUUUCAAACCUUGUGCGCCUAGACUCUUCCAUCCGCGAGUCUCAGCGUCUGAGCAACUUUCUAGCUACAGUUAUCGAACGCAAAGUUGUCUCCGAAAACGGAGUCUACAAUCCAGAUCUGGACUUGACUUUUCCCAAAGGCAGCUAUGUCGUGCUGAACCUCGAGGGGACUCAUCACUGCGAGGAUCUAUAUGAGAAUGCUGAAAGUUAUGACCCGUUGAGAUACUCCAGGAUGAGAGAAGCCUGGGACGCAAAAUCUGACGAAGAGAAGAGGAACGAGCCUGAAGAGGGGACGCGGAUGAGAGGACUGGGGAUGGUGACGACGAGCCCUCAGCAUCUUGCUUUUGGUCAUGGAAGACAUGCUUGCCCAGCGCGAUUCUUUGUUUCCCACGAGUUCAAACUCAUACUGGCCACCAUUAUCCUCGACUACGACAUCAAAAUGACUAGUAAAAAGCCCGAGCGGCAGUGGAUCGGCCGCUCAGUGAUCCCUUCCAGAAAGACGGAAAUCCAGAUACGAAAGAGGAAGGCCUAG